AUGUCGUCUUUGGACACUAUUGCAAGCAUGUCUUCGUUGACAGAAACAACCGACUCCUCCAUGGGCGCAGGCACCGCCACCACGGCUUCGUCUUCGCCUCCCGCCUCCACCCCUUCCCCUUCGACUUCGAGUGCCACGACGGCCCAUUCGAGUAGCGCUGCGACACGCCGGCCGCCCCGCAAGAGCACUUUGACGCAGCAGCAGAAGAACAACAAACGCCAACGGGCAACCCAGGAUCAACUUGUGACCCUCGAAGUCGAAUUCAACAAGAACCCCACGCCGACUGCUGCGACCCGGGAGCGCAUCGCUUCGGACAUCAACAUGACUGAGCGAUCUGUACAAAUCUGGUUCCAGAAUCGUCGCGCCAAAAUCAAGAUGCUCGCCAAGAAGAGCAUUGAAACUGGUGAGGGCUGCGAUUCUAUCCCAGAGUCAAUGCGCCACUAUCUUGCGAUGCAAUUCGACCCCAGCAAACCUGGAACCCGUGAUCCUUUUGGACGCGCAGCAGGAUAUGGAGCUCCUGGCAUGUACGCGAACGAGGUCAACCCGUCUGGCAAAGUCGUCAUUUCGCAUUUCACCUGCCGCUCUCUGACGAUCGGUAGCUGGCGGCGCAUCGGUCAGAAUGCCAUGGAUCUUGUGGUUUUUUACUCUCCCGACAAGGCCAGCAUGACAUAUUAUAUCAACAAUGAUUCUGCCGGCUACAAGAUCGAGUACCCCUUCGCCUAUAUCAAGAACAUCACCCUGGAAAGUGGAGAUCCGAAUCCUGGGCCAGGCGGCGCCCCGCCCCGACCUGGCGGUCUGGUGGUGGAACUUAACCGUCCUCCGCUAUUCUACAUGGAUUCCUCCAACUCCGGAGGCUUCUACCAGUGUGGCGAUUUCACUGAGGAGCAACAAGCAAGCCAGAUCAUGGUCCACCAUUUGGGAGGCCAUCCUAAGGUCUUGAGUGUCCAGCUGGCGAAGCUUGUAUCCCUGGAAUCCUUCCAGAAUCGUCUGGCCUACAACAAUAACAGCUUUGCUGUACCCGCCGCCCCUGCUGCUAUGUCGCCUCCCUUCAUCCAACGUCCUGCUUCUCAGCCCAACCACUUUCCUCCUGCUGCCUAUAUGAACCUCUACCAUGACCACAACCACUUGGGCUUUCACACGCAAGCUGUGCGCGGACACAAGCGGCAACGAAGUCGCUCUGUGCCCGCACCGAUUGAUAUCUCGGCGCUGCAGGCACCCAUGCCCAUGCACUCGUUCCAUCAUAUGCCUCAGAGCCCGGCUCCAUUCAACCACAACGAGUCUGGCAUUUAUGCGCCGGUUCCCCAGUCAGCACAUGCUCUCCCUACGGAUCUUCGCAUCGAUACAGAAAGCUAUGGCCUUGACUUCCGGACCAACCCCAUGUCUGCAACGACUACAGCAUCGCCAUCUGAUUUUGCCAGCCCGUCAAUGUUCAGCAGCGCAGCCCAGGGCGAAUCUACUCCAGUUGCUAGCAUGGCUCCUCAGUUCAACAUUCCAUUUACUGCAGGACCUGCCGACACCUCGACGGUCGGAUCGCAUGCGGCGUCGCCCUACUCUGGCGUUAGUCCUGCUGACCCUAUGAUUGCCAAUCACUCCCCUCCUCUGUCCAACAUGUCUCACGCCUCGUCAGAUAUGUAUGGUUUCGCGCACGAUCAGCAGUCCGGCUUCGUCGAGGAUGGGCUUUCGAUGAACGAGAUGUUCCCCAAGCAUAACGUAAAUUAUGCUGUCUCGCACGACGCUCCUAGCUUCGAGCUACCGAUGCAUGGCAUGUCUGGCCACGCGUCUCCGGCGCUAGGCGACUACUCCCAUGGGAUGGCCAACCUUGACGAGAUCAACUCACAUGGCCUGCCCUCUGGGUCCUGA